AUGGUUCAGCUGCUUUCCCUCGCCGCUUUUUGCUCAUCCCUUGUGGGAUUGAGCAGUGCUGCUGCUCUUGGCACUGCCGAGGAGUACGCCGAUGGAUCUGUGCAUGCCCGCAUCAUGGGUAUGAAGAUGGUACAACUGCUGGCUGAGUGGGAUGCUGAACUCGCCUCUGGCGCUAUGGAUAGCUCGCAGUACCCCGAGUUAGGACACACUGCUUGCAAGGACGGUUUUGCGGCCGCCAUUCCCGGAGACCAGAACAACACCUUCAAGUGCAAUAAUAUCGACCUGUACCACUUCCUGCCUCACGCGCAGCUCGGCAGUGUAGGUCAGGGCUCGUCCUCCUGGGGUUGGACCUCCGAGGAUGGACGCGAGUUUGUGGCCAUCGGCCAGUUUGACGGUACUGCAUUCGCCGAGAUUUCCAGCGAAGGCAAGCUCGUCUACCUUGGCCGCCUUCCCCCGUACGAUCCUGUGGGCUCUCGAUGGCGCGAGAUCCGCAUUCUCCGCGACUACGCGGUCAUCGGCUCCGAGGCCAUCAACUCGGGCGUUCAGAUCUUCGACAUGAAGAAGAUUCUGGACCUCGACCCUGCCAACCCUCACAACUUCACCAAUGACGACCUCACCGGCUACUGGAAUGAGCUCCCCGUCGGCCGAACGCACAACAUCGUCGUCAACCAGGAGCUCAACUACGCCAUGGCCGUUGGUUCUGUCGGUGGCAACGAGACUAUUCGUGUCCGCGGCGACCUGCCCUGCCGCGGUGGUCUCAUCUUCCUGAACAUGACUGAUCCCAGUGCUCCAUUCUCGCCUGGCUGCGCGGCUGGCGACGGUUACGUGCACGACGCCGAGUGUCUCGUAUACCGGGGCCCUGACAAGCGCUACUACGGGCGUGACAUCUGCUACGGCUACAACGAGGACACGCUGACCAUCUACGACGUAACCAACAAGUCCGGCAACGUCACAAACAUCAUCUCCAUCACCUCAUAUCCUGGCGCCGAGUACGUGCACCAGGGCGUCGUCAACAACGAGCAGUGGCAGGAGUACAUAUUCCUCGACGACGAGUUUGACGAGCGCGACGCAAAGGUCGGACCCAUGACCCAGGGCCUGCCCACGACGCAUAUAUUCGAUAUCCGCGACCUCGAGAACCCGCACUACAGUGGCAACUUCGAGGGCAAGCGCCGCGCCAUCGACCACAACCAGUACGUCGUAGACGGCUUCCUGUACCAAAGCAACUACGGCGCGGGCCUGACCGUGUACGACAUUGGCUCCAUCACCACGGACCCCUCUGGCGACUCGGUCUGCGAGGCGGGAUUCUUCGAUAUCCAUCCUGAGGAUGAUGAGCUCGAGGGCGGCGGUACGGUCGCGUUCCUCGGCUCCUGGAGCAGCUACGCCUACUUCAAGUCUGGUUUUAUUUUCGUCCACACGAUCGAGCGCGGCUCCUUCGUCGUCAAGAUGACGUCCAAAGCGUGCCCGAAGCCUGCUGUGUGCAAGUCGGACAAGUGCCUGAGUAGCUUGAGGGCGAGCAGCAUCGAGGGCCGGCUGGAGCAGAGCGUUGAGUUCUGCGACAGCUAUCUGAGGCGGUUGAAUGAUGGUGCGCAGGGAAUUCCGGAUUAUGCACGCCAGGGCUGUGGUGGAAACGCGACGGAGGCUGUGGUUGCGAGGGUCAGCAGUGCGUGUGCGUGUGUGCCGACCGUGGCGGUGCCGGAGCUGCCGCGGACGACAAGCAGGCCGCCUGUGCCUACUGUGCUGCCGCCGAGGCGAGUUUAG